UUGCCUCGCAGGGACAAUGGACACCCAGAAGGACGUUCAACCCCCCAAGGUGCAGCCAAUGAUUUACAUUUGUGGAGAAUGUCACACGGAAAAUGACAUAAAAUCCAGGGACACAAUCAGAUGCAGGGAGUGUGGAUGCAGAAUCACGUACAAGAAGAGGACAAAAAGAUCAGUGGUUUUUGAUGCUCGAUAAAACGUGACAGUUGAAAGGAAUGUCCACAUUUGUACUUGGAUUUGCUGUACAUGUUUCUCCUUGUUGUACAGCUUUUGAUGUAGCAUACUUAUUCUUUUGAACUGGAUAUGAUUUCCCUUUAAAAAUCAUAUUGUAUUUAGGUAUCUUUUAAUAUAAGGAAAUUGUUCAAAAAAA